AUGGCUGCCGGGAAGUUGCUCCUCUACGCCGGUCUCUCCCUGUCUUUGUGCGCCCUCGGCAUGCUGGCCGUGGCUAUCUGCUCCGAUCACUGGUACGAGACGGACGCUCGCAGGUACCGAGAGCGGUGCCGAAGUUUCUCCAGCCGUCGGAAGGACCCGGGCUUUAUUUACAUUCCGAGUCUCCCGUUGCGCGCCAGUCGCUCCCGGCUGGACCGCUGGGAGGAGAAGCUGCUCCUGGCGAGGAACCGUCGGCAGCUGUUCGCGAUGAGCGCCGCGGACGAAUGCAGCAGGCAGUACAAUUCCACCAACAUGGGGCUGUGGAGCAAGUGCCACCGUCUGGGAUUCGACCAGGACGUCGAGGAUCUUAUUCGCAAAGGCUCCAUUGCGAGGUGCUCUUACAUCAAGUACCACUACUCCUCGGCUACGAUACCCAAGAAUCUCUCCUACAACAUUACCAAGACCAUCAGGCAGGACGAGUGGCACUCCCUCCACCUGCGGCGGAUGACGGCGGGCUUCAUGGGCAUGGCGGUGGCCAUCAUCCUGUUCGGCUGGAUCAUCGGCCUGCUGGGCUGCUGUUGGGACCGGGGCCUCAUGCAGUACGUGGCCGGACUACUCUUCCUCAUGGGAGGCACCUUCUGCAUCAUCUCUCUGUGCACGUGUGUGGCGGGCAUCAACUUCGAGCUGUCGCGCUACCCGCGCUACCUGUACGGGCUGCCGGACGACAUCAGCCACGGCUACGGCUGGUCCAUGUUCUGCGCCUGGGGCGGCCUGGGCCUGUCCCUCAUCGCCGGCUUCUUCUGCACGCUGGCGCCCUCCGUGCAGCCCGUGCCCAGGUCCACCUGCCCCAAGAGCACCCGGCAGGAGAAUGGCACCGUCUGUUAGAGAGGACUGAGGGGUAGAGGACUGGAGAACAUUG